CAUAUACGCAAACGAGAACUUACUAUAUUUGGUGUCAGUGCGCUUGACCAUCAUAGUGGUAUUACACGCUUCCGCUUCGCGUCUGCGCUAAUGGCCGAGGGAAGCCUUGCUGGCUUUGCAUCGUUAGAGGAGCUGCUGGAGGAGUACGUGCCCGCGGACAAGCUCAAGCAGGCCAAGCGUGUGAUCUAUGGGCUAAAUUUGGGAGAGCCGGUGGGAGAGCUGCAGCUCGACGCGGGAGUGCUGGAGCGAGCGAAAGCGAUGGGUUUUGACCUUCGCUCGGCGCUGUUUCGCGCUGCACCGGAGCAAAUGCGUCCACCGCGCAUCGUUCGCAUCGGCCUGAUUCAGAACAAAAUUGUGCUGCCCACGACCGCGCCCUUCGCCGCGCAAGCCCAGGCCAUCCGCGACCGUGUUGAGGUUAUGCUGGACACCGCCGGUAGGGCGGGUGUCAAGGUGGUGUGUCUCCAAGAGGCAUGGCACAUGCCCUUCGCAUUUUGCACGCGCGAGAAGGUGUGGUGCGAGUUCGCGGAGUCGGCGGAGACCGGGGAGAGUGUGGCCUUCUGCCAGGCGGCAGCACGCAGGUGGGGCAUGGUGGUGGUGUGCCCCAUCCUGGAGCGGGACGCCGCACACAACGACACGGUAUGGAACACGGCGGUGGUGAUCGGCCACAACGGCAACAUCAUCGGCAAGCACCGCAAGAACCACAUCCCGCGGGUGGGCGACUUCAACGAGUCCACCUACUACAUGGAGGGCAACACCGGCCACCCCGUGUUUGAGACGGCGUUCGGCAAGAUCGCCGUCAACAUCUGCUACGGCCGCCACCACCCCAUGAACUGGCAGGCGUUCGGCAUGAACGGCGCCGAGCUGGUGUUCAACCCCGCCGCCACCGUGGGCGACCUGUCGGAGCCGCUGUGGCCGGUGGAGGCGCGCAACGCCGCCAUCGCCAACUCCUACUUCGUGGCCGGCAUCAACCGCGUGGGCACCGAGUCCUUCCCGCGCGAGUUCACCUCGGGCGACGGCAAGCCCGCACACAAGGACUUUGGCCACUUCUACGGCUCAAGCUACGUGGCGGCGCCCGACGGCAGCCGCGGCCCCUCGCUGGCGCGGCACCGCGACGGGCUCAUGGUGGCGGAUGUGGACCUCAACCUGUGCCGGCAGACCAAGGACAAGUGGGGCUUCCAGAUGACUGCCCGCUACGACAUGUACGCCGACUUCUUCGCCAAGUUCGUGAAGCCCGACUUCAAGCCGCAGGUCAUUCGCGAUCCCGCGCUAUGAGACCCGCCACACUGCGGAGCUGGGGGCCAGCGCAACAGCGCAGGUGGGCCGGACCCGCGCUAGGCAAGGGAAGAGAGGUGGCUCGAGUGCCUUUGGGCAGGGCAGGACUACGAUCAGCGCAGGCGUGGCUGGGGCAGGGCUGGGCCGGAAUUGAUGUGCGAUGGGACAGUGUCAAGGCAGCACUUGACCAAGAACAGCACAUGGCAAAGCUGGGACCUGGAGCUUUUCGGACCGUGGCUCCGCUGCAAAGCGCGCUGUAAGUGUCGGGCAGGGGCGGAGGCCAGAGGGUGCUUGUGAGCGUGGAUUGGCGUGGGCGAUGCGUGACGUCCUGUCAGUGGGGCGGCCUCGUGUCGUGUCGUGUAGGCGUGAAAGCGCUUCCUGCCGGCCAGUGAAUGAUUGAUCUCCGGGACUGUGAUAGACCAUUGUGCACAUGUAUGUUAACGGUGCAAUGCCGUUUGCGCUGGAUGCUGUUCGUAUUACUGACGAGUGUGUAGUGUCUCGCACUCCGCUGCGCGGUGCUGGGGCAAAUUUUAACCUAAUUUUGACGGAUGGGCUGCUGGGGAACGGAGCGGUGUCUUGUGGCGACACGCUAGCAAAAGCAUGUGUGGCGGGCCCUCGAGUGGCCCCACAACGGGCAUCUGCACCUGGUGUAACGUCUUGAAUGC